AUGUCUAAUCAUCUAAUAGAUAUUAAUAAUGAAAUUUUUGUAACAUCCUCAUCAUUGUUAUUAUGUGUUAUUAAAGCACGACUUGAUAAUGAUAAAGUUAGACUUCUUUUUAAACCACCUUGUGAACUCUAUUUAUCAAUAGAAGAAUUGAUUGCGCCAAGAUACAAUCCAACAAAAACCCCAAGACCUCAGAAUCGGUUUGUUUUGUAUCGAAAAAAUUAUAACAAAUCUCUUGAGGAUGGAACUAAUGUACCGAAUGUUUCAAAAGGUGCUGCGAAGGCUUGGAAUAUUGAAUCACACGAAGUAAGGAUGUACUUUGAAAUAUUAGAGAAUCUGGCACUUGAAAUGCUCAAGUUACUUUAUCCCGGUUACAAAUAUACAAGCUCAGGAGAUCAAUCACUAAGUUUUGAAGCUAAAGAACCAGGACCAGGACCAGGAUUACAACAAAAACAAAAUAAUACCGGUCACGUAACUCCAUCACCAUCGCCACAUCUGUCUUCUUAUACAAACGGUGAUACAAAUCUAUCACCGCUCACUUAUUCAAAUUUAUCUAAUAUUAAUUAUAAGAAUUCACUUUAUCUAUCUUAUACAAACGAUGAUACAAAUCCAUCGUCUUUUACUUAUUCAAAUUUGUCCACGCUACAUUCAGAUAAAAACGCACUUGAACUGUCUUCUUCUUACACGAGCGAUAUUACGAAUUCAUCGUCUUUCUCCAAUUCACUUACUUCUUUACUUCCAUGUUUUACACCACCUCAUUCUACUAUUAAUUAG